AUGCAAGACCUUGACAUCUCAAGCUCACUAGCAACCGAGGAGGAGACAAUUGAUCUCAAGUCAUGCCCCUCUAUUUUUGUUCUUCCAACGCAUAUAUCACUGGAAGAGCUCCAUCUCAUCGAAGGGUUUCUCUCUAGAUGCGGUGCGCCAUUGACCUACGAUAUCACUGAAGCACGAUUGGCAAUUGGCAAGGUAUCGCAUAAGAAACGCGCAGCGCUGGAGCUUCGCUCCAAAGGACUAUGGACAGAAGACGUGCUACUCCCGACUGAAGUGCCAGAACCACCCCUCAAACGGCGCCGACUUGAAGACGAUGAUAAGGAUAUCAUAGUGGUCGAAUUAAACUGGAUACACCAGUCGCUGAGAGCAAGACAAUCUCUACCGUUGGACCCGUUUAUUGUCUAUCGAGGUCGCAGAAUACCAAAACCAUCGUCUGAUCUUUCCUCCUCGAUUAGUUCUCCUGGUCAAAAUGUUUCUGCUAAGCAAAGUCCAGCUAGGAGCAUAUUGGAGAGAGCAAAAGAGGAUGCAGCAUCUUCGCCGACACCACAAUUUAUACCGUCAUCUCCACGUCGAAUGAGGGCUACACCAAGCAGCCCUUCUGUUCAAGGGCGAAGGCCAAAAUUAUACCGUGCGUCUACUUCUGACUUUGAGGAAGAAUUAUCCAUCCCAGAUCCUCCAGAGUGGGUGCGCGAUAACGUUAUAUAUUCUUGCUGCCGCUCCACCCCGCUGCAUCCGCCAAACGAGGACUUUAUAAACCAGCUACAGAUGAUUAAGAAAAUCCGAGUAUUAACGUUGGAUGAAGUUGGCGUACGUGCAUAUAGCACUUCCGUCGCCUCACUAGCAGCAUACCCGCAUAAGAUUAAGUCUCCGGAAGAGAUUCUAUCUCUACCGGGUUGUGAGAAUCGAAUCGCAAAUUUGUUUACAGAAUGGAAGCACAGUAAGGAUGGAACUUUGGAGUCUGCCAUGCCACUCAACUCUGACCCCGCUCUGAGAGUGAUCGAUUUGUUCUAUAAUAUCUGGGGUGUUGGAGCUAAGUCUGCCAGAGACUUUUACUACCAGAGACAAUGGAGAAAUUUAGACGACAUCGUCGAGCAAGGUUGGGAUAGUUUAUCCCGUGUCCAACAAAUCGGGGUGAAAUAUUAUGAUGAAUUUCUGGAGGGAAUCCCAAAAGAUGAAACGGAAUACAUUGCCGACACUAUACUAAGCCAUGCAAAAAGAGUAAGGCCAGAGGCUGGCUUCGAUGGCAAGGGGAUGGAAUGUAUUGUUGUCGGGGGAUAUCGACGGGGAAAGAAGCUAAGCGGAGAUGUAGAUGUGAUUCUUACUCACCGAGACGACAGGGUCACAUCCAAUCUUGUCUACGACGUUGUUGCGAGCCUCGAGCAUGAAGGAUGGAUUACCCAUACGCUUGCCAUUCAUUUAACAAAUACCAACCGCGAUCAACAGACCUUACCAUACCGCGGCGAAUCAAGCGGGAAACCCAGGUUCGACAGCUUGGACAAAGCUUUGGUUGUAUGGCAAGAUCCCAACUUCGAAAACAUCCCCUCAUCGCCAUCAUCGUCAUCGUUGCCCGAACCCCAUCCCUACGAGCACCAGUCGGGUUCCCACGCAUCAAGGGGGAAAGGAGAAAACGAAAAUGCAAGCAAAGAGGGCCUGUCCAACAUGAAACACUUGAAGCAAGACCCACAAGACAUGGGUCCCAACUCCUUGGCUGAGCUUGGAACAGCAGCCGCCCCCAUCGCAGAAAAUCCCCGAAGGACAAACCCAAAUCUCCACCGGCGUGUUGAUAUUAUAGUAUCCCCGUUCCGAACUAUAGGGUGCGCGGUGCUUGGAUGGUCAGGCGAUACGACUUUCGAACGCGACUUGCGAAGGUACGCCAAAAAAGUACACAAUUGGAAAUUUGACUCUAGUGGUAUUCGGUCGCGAGAUGGAAGUGGAGGUAGGAUCAUUAACCUCGAGAGUGAAGGGAAAACAUGGCAGGAAAGGGAGAGGUUGGUUAUGGAAGGAUUGGGAAUUGGAUGGAGACCGCCAACGGAGAGAUGUACGAGAUGA